AUGGAUCAAUCGGUUUGUGGUUCUUGCUGGUCUUUCGGAACAAUUGGUGCUAUAGAAGGAGCCUACUUUUUGAAAAAUGGAGGCAAACUAGUCAGACUUUCUCAACAAGCGCUCGUGGAUUGCUCUUGGGGGUAUGGUAACAACGGUUGCGAUGGUGGGGAAGACUUCAGAGCUUACAGUUGGAUCAAGAAGCAUGGAGGAGUUCCUACUGAGGAAGCAUAUGGUCCAUACCUAGGACAAGAUGGAUAUUGUCAUGCUGAUAAAGUACCAAAGGUAGCACCAAUCAAAGGAUGGGUCAACGUAACAUCUAACGAUGAAAAUGCUCUGAGAUUGGCAAUUUUCAAACAUGGACCAAUUAGUGUGGCGAUCGAUGCAAGCCACAGGACUUUCAGUUUCUAUUCAAACGGAGUCUAUUAUGAGCCAAAAUGUGGAAACACAGUGGAUGAGCUUGACCAUGCUGUCCUGGCUGUAGGUUACGGAACACUCAACGGAAAAGAUUACUGGUUGAUCAAAAACAGUUGGUCCAACUAUUGGGGCAAUGAUGGAUAUAUCUUAAUGGCAGCUAAAGAUAAUAACUGCGGAGUUAUGACAACACCCACCUAUGUAACAAUGUAAAAUGUAAAGUUUUAUCCCAUUUGCUUAAUGAUUUUUUACAUUUGUUGUGAAUAACGAUUAGCGAUUAAUAGAAUUUUGUCAUUUGUGAUAUAUUAAACCAUUAUACUCGUAUGAUGGAAAUAAUAAGUGAAACUAUUCUAAUUUUUUGCAAAGUGUGUUAUUUGUAAAAAAAAACAAUUAAUGAUA